GCCGCCCGCCGGCCUCCCGCCCGCCUGUCCGAACCCGCGGCUCGACCCGCGGAGCCGCGCCCGAGCCAGGCUCUCGGCAGGAAACAAUGAAGGCAGACACCAGACAACUCAACGGAGAGGAGGACGCCAGCAGGAGGGAAGACUCCAUCCUCACCAACGGGGGCUGCAGCGACCAGUCUUCGGACUCCAAGGAUGCGCCCUCACCCCCGAUCCUGGAGGCCAUCGGCACCCCUGAGAUCCGAGGCCGCAGAUCAAGCUCACGACUGUCCAAGAGGGAGGUCUCCAGCCUGCUAAGUUAUACUCAGGACCUGACGGGUGAUGGAUAUGGUGAGGGAGAAGACGGGGAUGGCUCCGACACUCCAGUGAUGCCAAAGCUCUUCCGGGAAACCAGGACUCGGUCUGAAAGCCCAGCUGUCCGAACCCGAAAUAACAGCAGUACCUCCAACCGGGAGAGGCACAGGCCCUCCCCACGUUCCACCCGAGGCCGGCAGGGCCGCAGCCACGUGGACGAAUCCCCCGUGGAGUUCUCAACUACCAGGUCCCUGAGGCGAAGGACAGGAUCCUCUGCAGGCACGCCGUGGCCGUCCCCUGCCAGCCCCUACCUCACCAUCGACCUCACAGACGAGGAUGUGGUGCCGCAGGGCAGCAGCACGCCCUACGCCCGCCUGGCCCAGGACAGCCAGCAGGAGAGCAUGGAGUCCUCGCAGCUGGAUGUAGAGGGCAGAGAUGCAGACAGCACCGAGUAUCAGGAUGGGAAAGAGUUUGGAAUAGGAGAUCUUGUAUGGGGAAAGAUCAAGGGUUUCUCCUGGUGGCCUGCCAUGGUGGUGUCCUGGAAGGCCACCUCCAAGCGGCAGGCGAUGUCUGGCAUGCGGUGGGUCCAGUGGUUUGGUGAUGGCAAGUUCUCCGAGAUUCCAGCAGAUAAGUUGGUGGCAUUGGGAUUGUUCAGCCAGCACUUUAACCUGGCGACCUUCAAUAAGCUGGUCUCUUACAGGAAGGCCAUGUACCAUGCUCUGGAGAAAGCCAGGAUCCGGGCUGGCAAGACGUUCCCCAGCAGCCCUGGAGACUCGCUGGAAGAUCAGCUGAAGCCCAUGUUGGAGUGGGCCCAUGGAGGCUUUAAGCCCACAGGGGUCGAGGGUCUCAAACCUAACAACAAGCAACCAGAGAAUAAGACGCGGAGACGCACAGCUGACGACUCAGCCACCUCUGACUACUGCCCCCCACCCAAGCGCCUCAAGACAAAUUGUUAUAACAAUGGCAAAGACCGAGGAGAGGAGGACCAGAGUCGAGAACAAAUGGCUUCGGAUGUUGCCAGCAACAAAGGCAAUCUGGAAGAUAGCUGUUUGUCCUGUGGUAGGAAAAACCCCGUGUCCUUCCAUCCUCUGUUUGAGGGUGGGCUCUGCCAGACAUGCCGGGACCGCUUCCUCGAGCUCUUCUACAUGUACGACGACGACGGCUACCAGUCGUACUGCACCGUGUGCUGCGAGGGCCGUGAGCUGCUCCUGUGCAGCAACACGAGCUGCUGCCGGUGCUUCUGCGUGGAGUGCCUGGAGGCGCUGGUGGGCACAGGCACAGCGGCGGAGGCUAAGCUGCAAGAGCCCUGGAGUUGCUACAUGUGUCUCCCGCAGCGUUGCCACGGCAUCCUGCGGCGCCGCAAGGACUGGAGUGUGCGCCUGCAGGCCUUCUUCACCAGCGACCCCGGGCUCGAAUACGAAGCCCCCAAGUUAUACCCUGCGAUUCCUGCAAACCGAAGGCGGCCUAUUCGAGUCUUGUCGCUGUUUGAUGGAAUUGCAACAGGGUACUUGGUCCUCAAAGAACUGGGCAUCAAAGUGGAGAAAUACGUGGCCUCUGAAGUGUGUGAAGAGUCCAUUGCUGUUGGCACCGUUAAGCACGAGGGCAACAUCAAAUAUGUGAAUGACGUCAGGAAUAUCACAAAGAAAAACAUUGAAGAAUGGGGCCCGUUUGACUUGGUGAUUGGUGGAAGCCCAUGCAAUGAUCUCUCCAAUGUGAACCCUGCCAGGAAAGGCCUGUAUGAGGGCACAGGCCGGCUCUUCUUUGAGUUCUACCACCUGCUGAAUUACACUCGCCCCAAGGAGGGUGAAGACCGGCCUUUCUUCUGGAUGUUUGAGAACGUGGUGGCCAUGAAGGUCGGCGACAAGCGGGACAUCUCUCGGUUUUUGGAGUGUAACCCAGUGAUGAUUGAUGCCAUCAAAGUGUCUGCUGCUCACAGAGCCCGAUACUUCUGGGGCAACCUGCCCGGGAUGAACAGGCCUGUGAUAGCAUCCAAGAAUGAUAAACUCGAGCUGCAGGACUGCCUGGAGUUCAAUAGGACAGCAAAGUUAAAGAAAGUACAGACAAUAACCACCAAGUCGAACUCGAUCAGACAGGGGAAAAACCAACUUUUCCCUGUUGUCAUGAAUGGCAAAGAAGAUGUUUUGUGGUGCACUGAGCUAGAAAGGAUCUUCGGCUUCCCUGUACACUACACAGACGUCUCCAACAUGGGCCGUGUGGCCCGUCAGAAGCUGCUUGGGAGGUCCUGGAGCGUGCCUGUCAUCCGACACCUCUUCGCCCCCCUGAAGGACUACUUUGCCUGUGAAUAGUCCCCCAGGCACCAGGGCGUGUGGGCAGAGCCACAACCCAGCAGGUGCAGCCCGGCUCUGCCCUUGCCAGCCCAGCUGUGCUUGCGGGGUUGCGCCGAGUACCUCGUCGGGAGCAGAGCUGCCUGUCCCCUUCCUGGCCGGGGGACCCCGAGGUGCCACCUCCUUGUGCACAAUACAGACCUGGCCGCUCGGAGCGGCCAAACACGGUGCUCAUUUUAUCUUCUCCUAAAACUUUAAAACUUGAAAUAGAUAGUAAGAUGGCUUUUUUUCCCCUCCUUUCUGGGUUUACCGCUCAGAGAAACGAUGGCUAAGAUACCAAAACCACAGUGCCGACAGCUCUCCAAGACUCAGGUUAAUGCUGAAAAAUCACCCAAGACAGUUAUUGCAAGACUUUAAUUUUUUAAAAUGUCUGCGGCUCCUUGUUUCCAGGAGUGUGCAGCAGUAGACAGGUAGCUAAGGGACCUUUGAAGGGCCCAGUAUGGUUUUUUUCUAGGGCUAGCACAAGAGGACAUGAUGUCCAUGUCUGUCUCGUCGUCAUCCCCACCUGCCCCCCACCCCGCCCCCACCUCAGUGUAAAGGGCUGAGAUCUCUGGCCCAUUUAGAGUAUUUUCCACAAGGAUGAUGAUUUCAGCAGGGAUGACAUCAUCAUCACAUUCAGGGCUAUGUUUUUCCCAUAAAUCCAAGGGUAGGGCUACCCUUAGCUAAAUCCCUCCCAGUGACUGCAAUAGAACCCUCUGGAAACUCAGGAAGGGGUGGGCUGGGUUAUAAGCUGCCAUAUAUUGGUAUAGACAGGUAUGGCUUCUCACUGUGAGAGGAGAGGAGGAAGAAGCUUACGUAAGACCCUCCCCCCCACCCCACCCCACCCCGCAUGCCUCCAGGCUACUUUGCAGGCACAGGUCCCCAGGAUGACACCCCAUCUUCUCAGCCAGGGGCAGAAGCACAGUCCUCGCACUUUCCCCUUCUCUAAGAGACUGCAGGGGGAAAACUGCAAUAAAAGCUCAACCCUCCCUCCCUCCUGAGAUUUUAAAGUCCUUUUUUAUUCCACGAUAAAUCUUUUUUUUGUGGGGGGAGUGGGAGGUCAGACAAGCUGCAUUUCAGAAAUGCUGUCGUAAUGGUUUUUAACACCUUUUACUCUUACUGGUGCUAUUUUGUAGAAUAAGGAACAAUGUUGACAGGUUUUGUGGGAGGUUUUUUUAUACACUUUUUUUUUUAAAUCUCAGACUUCUAUUUUUGUUUAAACAUUUUCAUAUUUUUUUUUGUGACUGGAGCCACGUAACAAAUAUGGGGAAAAAUUGUGCCUUGUUUCAACAGUUUUGCUAAUUUUUAGGCUGAAAGAUGACAGAUGCCUAGAGUUUACUUUAUGUUGAAUUAAAAUCAGUAUU